AUGUCGAGGUUCUGGCAUGCUCUUACUUUUGGUCCAUGGACUGCAUCCAACAUCUUCAGCGUGAAGGAGCUCCUUCGCAAUGCCUUCAGCUCGUACUAUUUGCUUCUGAUUUUGAUCAUGGAAGCAUUCCAGAGCAGAGGACGAAAAUGCUGGUUCCUCUUCUUUCCGCAAAUCACUUGUCGGAACAUCUUGAGAAUGCUGGGGGCAUUGAUCCUUCGACUUCACGGCUGGCCAGCAGAUGCUGUGUUCGAACCGCGGUUGACACAGGAGGAGACUCACUGGGAUGUUUUGGAGUAUUUUGGAGACAGUCUCGAAUAUUGGUUCGGGCAAGUAAAAACGGCCAAACGCGGCAUUCAUGGAACGAGCAGUACCGCGAACUCCAUUCAAGCGGCGCAACUUCUCCACUUGCGCCAGUCACAGCGCAAAACUGAGGCAUUCCUUCGGGAUCGUGCCUCGUCCGAGAGGAAGAUUCAACCCAGCGACAGGGAAGGCAUUUCAGAACUGGCAUUGGAGUGCUUGCAGGAUGCCGCUACCUUUGCUUCAAUCUGCACGAUUCGUCGACAAUCCGAUGAUAUCAUCAAAGACCUGAAGCAGUGGUGGGUUUCCAAUGGGAAAGAUCUUUUGCUGGUGGAUAAUGUGGAAGAUGUUGACGAGGAGGAUGACGUGGAAGAAGAAGAAGAAAUACCAGAACCAGUAGAAGGGGAAAGUUUGGACAAACACGCCGUUUGUCACAUCGUUGAAGUGGUGGAAACAGAUGUGCAGUUGAACCAGCAGAUCAUUGCGGCAACCCAGGACCUGAAAGAAUCCAAAGAACAGUCAUUGCAGGCUGAUGUGGAUCUUUUUUUGAGUGAAGAUCCUGAGUGCGAGGUUGUCGAGGAAGAGGGCAUGACGAUUGUGCCAGAGAUUGGGUCGUCAAGGUCUUUACGAGAGGUGCUGAUUGCCUCUGAUCUUCAAGGGUUUCUCCCAACCGACAAGGAUGAUGAGAAUCAGCUCUUCAAGAGAAUCCAAAAAAUGUCUCCACACCUUGGAAAUUUCUCAGCUUUUGUUCGGAUUGGAGAGGGGCUCUUGUCGAGAGCAUCUGUGACUGGCCAAGUCCGAACCAGAAACCAGCAGCAGAUUCUUGAACACGAACUGGCUGAGGCAAGGACAGAAUUUGUUUGCAGCCAGGGUAGACAGAGUCGACUUGCCUUGUGGCAGGAUUUCAGCAACAGAGUUGAAGAAGCACUGAAGCCAGUGGAAGUGCCGAAGCCCGACUCAGAAGAAACAAUUUCUGCUGGGGCCAAAAAGAUCCAAGCAAUCGCUCCCAGUUCUUUUCACUCAGCAAAUGGAGCCCGCACGUGCCAGCUCUUGCUCGUGAAGCCCUUUUUGGCAGGUGGCUCGGAGGGCCCACUACGGCUUGGAGUGGUGGUUGGAGCAUGGAGGGGCGGCAAAUCCAAAAAACAACAUGUGUGGCCUGAGGGGCAUCUACCAGUCAGUUCUGCCACAAAGGUCCACGUUCGUCUCUUGACGCCACAAGGACAGAAGAACGAGAAAGGAGAUCAAUUGUGUGUGGCCUCUUCGGUCAGUGCAGUUCUUUCUCUUGGUGCUCAUGAUGGCUCUAUCCUCCUGGAGGUACCCACUGCUUGUUACACAGUGGAGUACACAGACACGCAUCUCAUCAUUUGGAUCUCCAAGAAAACGGUGCAAGCCCUCUCGAAGAUCAACCAGGCAUGUGUGCCAUUUCACGCAAAGAAGAAGAAUCAGGAUUCAGUGGCUGCAAAAGCCUUCUUCUCAGAAGAUGACUUCAGCCGCACCACGACCGGCGCGAAGAACAUCCAACUUUACCUACAACAGAUGAAGCGCGACUAUGAGAAGUUCUUCCCUGCACUGGAAAACGAGAAGGGCAAUUUGAUGUUACGGCAGGACAUUCAGGUCACCUUUGCCGAAAUCUUGGCACGAAUUUCAUCGUACUUCAAAAAGUACCUGAAGGGCAGUGAACACUGGAAGGGGCUGACCAAAGAGUACCAGCAAUUGCCGGAGUUUCUGCUGAGAGCACGGAGGAAGCAAAGCCAAGAACUCUUUGCAGAGGCCUUGCCGGCGGCUGAGGAGGCUCUCAAAAUGUACUAUGCUGUGGAUCGGAGGCAUCAAGAAAGCGAAGUCAAACUCAGAGCCAUGCGGUCAGCUUGCUUGAGUCACCUGCAGAGUAGUCUCAACAAGCUGAGUGAGAAGCAUGACCUGAAGGAAUCCUUGCUGCUGUCCGUGUUGAAGGACCACGGCUGGAUUGAGGGAACUGAGAUGGAGUGGGGAAAGGUACCUGGUCACUUUGACCCUGCACCAGACUUGAAAGCCUUCGUGAAGAAGCUGCGGUUCUGGGGGGAAGCAGAACCAGCACCAGAAACUGUUGAUGCGGGAGAGGAGGAAGACGAGAAAGAGGAGGAAGAGGAGGAAGAGGAGGAAGAGGAUGGGCUGCUUGGAGUUGCGGCCGUCUUUCUUGACGAGGGCAGUGAGGGCGAGAGGCCCGGCCGUGUGUCGGCCGUGCGCAGCGUGCCUCCCAGCAUUCCGCGGCCCGACUAUGUGGAGCAAGAAGUGGAGUUGGAUCGUCGCACUGGAUUGCCAAGGCAUCCCUUCAUGUACUGCACGGAGGUCAAAACUCCCGAGCAGGUGCUGAAGAUGCGGAAGGCUUGCGCUUUGGCGCGGGAAGCUUUGGAGGUGGCGCGUGAGAACAUCAAAGCCACGGUGACCACCGACGAUGUGGAUGCAGCGGUGCAUGACUUUGUGGUGUCAAAGAACGCCUACCCGAGCCCAUUGGGCUACUUGGGCUUCAAAAAGAGUGUCAGCACCAGCGUGAACGAUGUCAUUGCGCAUGGCAUCCCCGACGACCGAGCCCUUGAGGAUGGCGAUAUCCUCAACGUGGACGUGACGGUCUUUUUUGAUGGUUUCCAUGGAGAUACCAGCUGCAUGUUUACGGUGGGAGAGGUGGAUGAAGCCGGCUUGCGACUCUGCCAGGCUGCGCAGCGAGCUACUAUGGCUGGCAUCCAGGUCUGCGGCCCCGGCGUGGACUUUCGCUUGGUGGGUGAGCGCAUCGAAGAUGUGGCGGACCAACAUGGAUGCAACGUGAGUCGGGAUCCAAGGGGUGCUAGGGCUGAAACCUCGAGGCUUUCAGGUUAA